AUGUCGUCGCCCUCCAAGGCUGAGGUCCUGCUGGCCUACCGCCAACUCUACACCCAUGCUUUGCGCGCCGUGCAGUACUCGGCGCCCGCCCGCUACACCUUGCGCGACCACCUCCGUCUCGCCUUCCGCCGCACCUCCCCGGCUGCCUACGACCGCCAGAAGAUCGACAACACCCUCGAGUUCCUCCGCGGCGCUGCGCGCGAGAAAGGGCUCGAGCACCGUAUAGUAAAGAGCCUGAUUCAUACUUGGUGGCAUGAGCGGCUGUUCAAGCAGAGUUCGCGCUACACGGUGGACCAAAAGGACCGAAAUGAAGUCAAGUGUUUAAGAACCGCCUAUGAUCCCUUUAACCAUACCCUUCAUAUGCUAAACGAAAGCAUGGGAAUGUGCAUAUAG